AUGAAUUUGCACGAGCCGCUGCUAGCAAUGGCGAGAGUGAGGCCGCCUGCUGAGUUGGUUCGCGCACCAGUGCCUGAGUUUGUCACGACGACGGGAGAAUGGUGUUGGGAGAGAUUUGAAGCUUUCUUACCGGCCAACGCACUGCUGCUCGUCGCGGCGCUGUCGCGAGGGGUGAUGCAUAAUGUCCGGCCGGUGUGGAACGCCAUAUGGAAAGCGCCUGUAGCACAACGUGUACGUCAUUAUUUAUGGUUGGCCUACCGGGAUCGUUUGCUAACUAAUGUGGAGCGGGUUCGACGGCAUAUGGCGGAGAACGCAGCGUGCAUAAAUUGUGGGGUGCCUGAGUCCACGACACAUGUCCUACGCGAUUGUGAGAUGGCACGGCGUAUUUGGGUGGAGCUCGUUUCAAGAGAUUAUUGGCCAGUUUUCUUCUCCCAGGACGUUUGCCUGUGGCUGUGGAACUUCCCAGAAAGGCAUCCGGUGACCACCUCAUUCCCGGCGUGCCCCCGUGCUCUUCCUCACGACCACCCCGCUAUCAAAAUGGUAAGCACCGACAUGUCUGAUGCUACGACCACGUAUUCGGAAUUCGACCGUCCCGAGUCUAGCUCGAGCUCCUCUCUCCAAUCGCUUGGAACUCACCCGAGUACACUCAUACAAACCGCACCCAAUAGGUCGGCCCUACAACUUCAAGACGAGGUUGAUGGGGACAUCCCAUGGGAGGAUCUAACCCCUAUAAUCGAUAACAGCGCACUCUCUUUAACCCAUAAAUUCGUGACCGGAGUCGUUUCGACCAAAAAGACCGAGCCCAGAAAAAGGUCUCGCGUUGGCCAAGCCAAUGCCAGCUCUUCCCGUAUGAUCCCUACGCUUGUGCCCAGCUCAGUUGGCGACAUCUUAAAGAACAUUAUCCCGAGCUCACGCAAGCGUAAGGUGGCCAGUGAAACCGGAGGCUCCUCUAAGAAGACCGCGGCAUCCGAGCGAGCUCAUGCUACAAUCGAAUAG